AUGUCUGACGUUGAGGAAGUCCAAGUUGAGGAGCCUGUUGUCCAGCAGGAGCUCCAGUUGGUCGAGUUGGCCACCCCUAUCCCAGCUGAGGUCCAGGCUGCCCAGCAGGAGAUCAAGUUGUUCAACAAGUGGUCUUUCGAGGAGGUUGAGGUCAAGGACGUCUCUCUUGUUGACUACAUCCAGGUUAGAUCCCCAGUGUUCGUUUCCCACACUGCCGGCAGAUACGCCUCCAAGAGAUUCAGAAAGGCCCAGUGCCCAAUCAUUGAGAGAUUGACCAACGCCUUGAUGAUGAACGGUAGAAACAACGGUAAGAAGUUGAAGGCUGUCAGAAUCAUCAAGCACGCUUUGGAGAUCAUCAACGUGUUGACCGAGCAGAACCCUCUCCAGGUUGUUGUUGACGCCAUUGUCAACUCUGGUGCCAGAGAGGACUCCACCAGAAUCGGUUCUUCCGGUACCGUCAGAAGACAGGCUGUCGAUGUUUCUCCUUUGAGAAGAGUCAACACCGCCAUUGCUUUGUUGACCAUUGGUGCCAGAGAGGCUGCUUUCAGAAACAUCAAGUCCAUUGCCGAGUGUUUGGCUGAGGAGUUGAUCAACGCUGCCAAGGGUUCUUCUACUUCUUACGCUAUCAAGAAGAAGGACGAGUUGGAGAGAGUUGCCAAGUCCAACCGUUAA